UGUAGUUCGGCUUCCAAUAUAGAUUCUCCACUGAUAAGCCAGACAAGCCACAAACCAUUCAAUUGCUCUGCGCUUGAUGAAAUUGAGUGAAAACCGGUUGCAUUACGCGUACGCCUUUGGCAUGGAUGUUCCUCACGACGAUCCUAUAUGAUAUGCACUACCGCCCUCUUAGCGCUUCCACACCGCGCUCUCCAACACCAACACCAACACCAUCCCACACGCCAAACCCACUUCCAAAUCCCCACAAACACGCUCACCAUCCCCACACCACCAACACACCCACCGCAAACCGCCCUCCCGACACCGCUCUUGGCUCCAUGAUAACAAAGCCCCCACAUCGCGUGCAUGCCGCCUCCCGUCAGCUACGCCCACGCGCUCUCAUCUCCAGCGCCAGCGCGCUGGUGCACGUGCAAUCGUGCCAUCCCGUCCGCCACUCACCCGUCGUGGCCCUUGGCCCUGCAUGCAAGCCCACUUGCAUCAUCCCGAUCCCGCCAGUGCCAGUGCCAGGCAUCAGACACCGCCCCCCGAUCCGGGGCCCCGCACGCCACGCGCCCCUCCCACCAAUCCAACAUCAUCGCGCCGCAACUGACGAAGCGGCGUCGGCCGGCGUCGGCGCCGUCGGUGCCUAGCGCUGCUGCUAGCUGCAGAGCCGCCUGGAACGGACGUCUCUCGGAAGAGGAGACAGACGCUAGAGUACUGUGCGUCGAUGGCUGCUGGUUGGGCUUGCGUCCAGCUAUUUUUUUUUUUUUUUUUUUUUUUUUUUUU